AUGCACUCAGAAAGGCAUAUCCUGCUCUGGGCUCGGCGUGCGUUAUCGGUUCAAUCAUGGGGUGGCCGCUCGGGAGAAUACCCGGCUUCAAAGCUAUCGAGUACCAAGGCCCAUGUGCCGGUAUUUAAGCGUACCCUUUCAUGCCCGACCAAAUUGGUGGACUCUUUGGAUUCACGGAACAGGUAUUUGGUCAACUACUUUGGUGAGCACAUUGCACCCGCAAUGGUUGCCAUCGACGAUGAGUCGAAUGGCUAUCGAGCGAUCAUUCUUCCCACGGUGGAACGGCACCCCUCUGUUCUCAAAGCAGUUCUGGCCUCCUCUACGUAUCACAUUGCUUUGAGAUUGAGUAGUUCAACUGGAGCAUUACAGCAUGCACAGAAAUUCUAUACACAAGCCAUCGAUGAGCUAAUGCGGCUCUCCUCUGAUAUCACUACUGACUCGACCCAGACGUCGCGCAUACUAACGACACUGGUCAUGUUAGUCUGUGCCAUGAUUACUGGAAGCUAUGAUUUUCCCAUUUUAUUCAAAAUGCUCGUGUCUUUGAUAGAAGCCGGCAAUACCGAAGGGAAGUCUGGCAUGUUCUACUAUGAAUCAUUUCUUGAACUUCAAAUGCGAAAGUUCGAGCUAUAUGCCGGCCCAUUUCUUGACCCCAAAGCGGCCUUGGAGAGGUUCAAUAGCACAGAUUCGAUCGACCGCGGACUAGGCUGUCUUCUUCAAUGCUCCCACCUUCACCCAGAGCAUUCCGUCGUUCUCCAAAAAGCCUUGAGUUUGAUUCACAUUGCUUGUCUUCUUUACUCUCUCCGAGUACGCAAUGAACUCAGCCCUGAAAUGUCGCAUGAGCUGGUAGAGCAAUAUCGGGAGAUCAUCUCCCAGUACCAUCCAGAGAGUCCUGGAUGGAAGAUUCUCAUUUGGCCCACCUUUAUCGUUGCAGCGGAAAGCGUUGAUCAAACUUAUCGGUGCUUCUUCACCUCAGUAUUCCAUGGGUUUUUCAAGAAGACUGGUUUUGGGAACCUUCAUACAGCAUUGAAUAUACUGCACAAAAUCUGGCAAGGGGAGAUGAAGGAAACAUGGGUGGAGGUCCUACCACAAUGGAAGUCAUUCAUCAUGUAA